GUGAGUUAGAAGGUGGAAGACAUCGUGCGACUGAUUAUGAAAAUGGCAAUGGACCUGAAAGAUCAUUUGUUCGUGAACAAUUAAUGAAAGUUGAUAAGAUCGAAUAUCCACCCAAAUGGGUAUUAUGA